CCCCCCCCAGCUAUGGACGAGCGGCUGCUGGGGCCGCCCCCUCCAGGCGGGGGCCGGGGGGGCCUGGGAUUGGUGGGUGGGGAGCCUGGGGGCCCUGGUGAGCCUCCCGGUGGCGGAGACCCCGGUGGGGGUAGCGGGGGGGUCCCGGGAGGCCGAGGGAAGCAAGACAUCGGGGACAUUCUGCAGCAGAUAAUGACCAUCACCGACCAGAGCCUGGACGAGGCCCAGGCCAAGAAACACGCCCUAAACUGCCACCGAAUGAAGCCUGCUCUCUUUAGUGUCCUGUGUGAAAUCAAGGAGAAAACCGGCCUCAGCAUUCGAAGCUCCCAAGAGGAGGAGCCGGUGGACCCACAGCUGAUGCGCUUGGACAACAUGCUUCUGGCAGAGGGUGUGGCUGGGCCUGAGAAAGGGGGGGGCUCAGCAGCAGCUGCUGCAGCCGCUGCAGCAUCCGGGGGUGGCGUGUCCCCUGACAACUCCAUCGAACACUCAGACUAUCGCAGCAAACUUGCCCAGAUCCGCCACAUCUACCAUUCAGAGCUGGAGAAGUAUGAACAGGCAUGUAAUGAGUUCACAACCCAUGUCAUGAACCUGCUGAGGGAGCAGAGCCGCACAAGGCCAGUGGCACCCAAAGAGAUGGAGCGCAUGGUGAGCAUCAUCCAUCGAAAGUUCAGUGCCAUCCAGAUGCAGCUCAAGCAGAGCACCUGUGAGGCCGUCAUGAUCCUGCGUUCCCGCUUCCUAGAUGCCAGACGAAAGCGCCGUAACUUCAGCAAACAGGCCACGGAGGUCCUAAAUGAGUAUUUCUAUUCCCACCUGAGUAACCCAUAUCCUAGUGAGGAGGCGAAGGAGGAGCUCGCCAAGAAAUGCGGCAUCACCGUCUCUCAGGUCUCCAACUGGUUUGGCAACAAGCGCAUUCGCUAUAAGAAAAAUAUUGGAAAGUUCCAAGAGGAGGCAAACAUCUAUGCCGUCAAGACUGCUGUCUCAGUCACACAGGGGGGCCACAGCCGCACCAGCUCCCCGACACCCCCUUCCUCUGCAGGCUCUGGCGGCUCUUUCAAUCUCUCAGGAUCCGGAGACAUGUUCCUGGGGAUGCCUGGGCUCAAUGGAGAUUCCUAUUCUGCUUCCCAGGUAGAAUCACUCCGACACUCGAUGGGGCCAGGGGGCUAUGGAGAUAACCUCGGGGCAGGCCAGAUGUACAGCCCACGGGAAAUGAGGGCAAACGGCAGCUGGCAGGAGGCUGUGACCCCCUCUUCGGUGACAUCACCAACAGAGGGACCAGGGAGUGUUCACUCUGACACCUCCAACUGAUCUCGCCCCAUCAGGGUCACAGGGGUGGGAGUUCUCACAGGCAACUGUUGAAGACACAGGCAUCCAGAGGACAAACCCCAAUAUAAGAGAAGCACAAGACAGAGAAGGGCAAAUGGGGUCAUCCCCGCCCCAACUAGACUCUCUGUGCUGGGGGUGCUGACUACAUGGCAGGAAGAAUGGGGUCCUACAGGAGAGUGGGGUCUGUCUCCCCCUUCUUUUUUCUCUUACACAGAAACCUAUUUCUCAGAGCCCUUUUUCUUCUCUCUUUUUCUUUCUCCCUUCCCCUCUCUCCCCCUCUUUCCCCUUUAUUGUCCCACAUACUCUCUCUGGGUUCCCCCGUUCCACUUACAUGUUCUGGAAUCUGUGGAGACACCAGUCCUGUCCUAUCAGAGAUGCCAAAAAUGGGGACACAACUUCUGGACAGAGGACAUGGGCUAUGCCUCCCCGUGCAUCCCCACCCUCUUCCCCUCCAGACGGCUUUAUUACCUCAUACGCAGCUCAUCUUAAACCAAUAGAAUCGCUCGGUGGACGAGAGUGUCUGACUACCUCGGAGGGAAUUUCUGCUACUCUAGGGAAUUAUUGACUGGGUUUUGGGGUAGAACUUUUUCUUUUUUUAAGGAAAGAAAAAGAAACUCUGAGAUCCAUCUGUAUUUUUUUGAUUUGGGGUUUUUUUGUUUUUGGUGAUGGUUCUUAAUGUUUAGUUUGGGGAAGUAGUUUUUUUAAAAUAUAAAUAUGUUGAUUUCUUGACUUUAUUUCUUACUUUCCUGUAAUAGGGGUGGUAGCCAAAGGGGUCUUGGUAAGAAAAGAGGGUACGAACAACUGGCAAAGAGACCCACCUGGCUCAGGAAGUGAAUUCAUAUUAUAGAGUACCCAACUGUCACCCCCUAAAAUCAGCUGGGUGUUGUUUCUGCAAGCAGGUUUCUGCUGCAUUUGCUGUGGAGGCAAUUGAGGGGCUUACCCUACUGGCCUCCUAGCCCCCCUCUUCCCACAGCUCUUGGGCAGGGCUGGACUCAAUAAUUUUGAGGAAAUUGAAGAUGCCACUUUCCCCUGUGAGUGACACGUCUGUAACUUUUUUUAAAAACUAUUCGUUGAUUGGAGGGGGAAGAAUAGGGAGGGGGGUUUUGCCAAAUAUGUGAAAUAUGGGUUGGGGUGCUUGUAAGUGUAUCUCCCUUGAUUUCCCCAGAAAUGAGGUUAUCUUUUGGUUACAUCAAAACCAAGGGCAUAGGGAAAGUAGAGGGAGGUUGCAAAAAGCCAGGUAUAGGGGAAAGUAAAAUCAACACUGUCCCAUCCUUGGCCCUGAACCCUACCAUCUGCUUCCCUCGGACAUCCUCAGGACUUUACAAGACUGUCAGAGUGGGGAACCCUUCCCAUCAAAGAUCUGGGCAGACUUAGGGGACAGGUUGAGAGUGUGACGGGUGGUGGGUGGGAGGCACGGGCUGGGGGCAGUUCUCACCUCACUUGUAAACUGUAGUUUCACAGAAAACAAAAACAAAAAAUGCAGUUUUAAAUAAAGAAAUUUCUUUUUUCCCUGGG